ACGUGCUAAGCAGAUGCUCAGCUAACACGCACGUUCCAUGCUGGUCCACGGGGGUCUUUCCAGAUGCACAACACGCCUUUGAGAACGAUUACGAUUCAAAGUGCACCUCACUCCCAGGCUCCGUGGACAGUCACGAACAGAAGGUGUAUUAUGAUGUGUGUAGAACACGGAACUUUGGGAAGUUCUGUAACCAGGAGGUAAAAGUGACAACAUCCAGGGGAGACAAAGGGAUUAUUUUCAUUCUCCCCCAAGUUCUUAGUGAAAGGCUGAGCCCAAUAUUGCAGGCUUACGCGGCUCUGCGGGCAAGCCUUCCAAGACUAGCCUCAUCGGGACCCUAGCCCAGCUCUCUGCACUCAGCAAGCUCCACAUGAUGGGGAAGGGCGACUCCCCAGAGGCCCAGCCGGCCGCCCUCGCCUACCGCUCCGUCAUGGAGGAGUAUGGCUAUGAGGUGGGCAAGGUCAUUGGCAACGGCUCCUACGGGACCGUGUACGAGGCGUACUACACAAAGCAGAAGGUCAUGGUUGCCAUCAAGAUCAUCUCAAAGAAGAAGGCCUCUAAUGACUAUCUUAACAAGUUCCUGCCCCGGGAAAUACAGGUAAUGAAAAUCCUGCGGCACAAGUACCUCAUCAACUUCUACCAGGCCAUUGAGACUACAUCCCGAGUGUACAUCAUCUUGGAGCUGGCACAGGGGGGUGACGUCCUUGAGUGGAUCCAGCGCUACGGCGCCUGCACCGAGCCCCUUGCGGGCAAGUGGUUCAACCAGAUGACCCUGGGCAUCGCCUACCUGCACAGCAAGGGCAUCGUGCACAGCCUGACCCCCAGCCUUUCUGCUGCUGGUAGGGACUUAAAGUUGGAGAACCUGCUGCUGGACAAGCGCGAGAAUGUGAAGAUAUCAGACUUUGGCUUCGCCAAGAUGGUGCCUUCGAACCAGAACCAGUCUGUGCGCAGUAGCCCGUCUCACCGCCAAGUGAACUGCUUUUCCCACCUCAGUCAGACCUACUGCGGCAGCUUCGCGUACGCCUGCCCAGAGGUCCUGCUGGGCUUGCCCUACAACCCGUUCCUGUCCGACACCUGGAGCAUGGGCAUCAUCCUCUACACGCUGGUGGUUGCCCGUCUGCCUUUUGAUGACACCAAUCUGAAGAAGCUGCUCAAAGAGACUCAGAAGGAGGCCACCUUCCCACCGAACUGCACCGUCUCCCAGGAGUGCAAGAACCUGGUCCUCCAGCUGCUGCGGCCAGCUCUCAAGCGGGCGACCAUCCUGGACAUCCUCAAGGACCCCUGGGUGCUCAGGUUCCAGUCUGAGCAGCCGCUCCACGAGCUCAAGCUCCUCCAGGCCAUGUGCCAGCCCCCCAGCACCGUAAACCGCCACCAGUCCGUGGAGGUCACAACCUGAGGAGGCCGCGGCGGGGACGAGAGGGAAGGACGGCAGGACGGCCGGGGGUGAAAAAUGUUUGAUACAAAAAUAAAUCUAAUUUUGACUUACUUUGACCAGCAAGAGUGAAUAACAUUCUUGCCUCAAGGGAGUCUUAGCAGGGAAUCGUGCGGAGGGUCAGAUGCCGAGGAUCGCGUAGAUUUCUAUCCACAGCCUUUAAUCAAUCUUGGCACUUGCCUAACAUUAAAACUCGAGCUGGGUGCUGGUGGCUCACGCCUGCAGUCCUCGCUACUCAGACUGAGACCUGAACACCGCAGUUUGAAGCCAGCCCAGGCAGGAGAAAGACC